AUAAUUUGAAAAUCAGCGGGCGCAUUGUUUUUAAUUUUCUUAUUUUAAUUAAUUCAUUAAUUUAUUUAAAACUUAUAAUCUGUCUCAGAUCUGCUACAUUCACACUCAUGUUAUGUAACGGUCGUAAACGUAUAAGUAACUUGUAGAAAAUUUAUUAUACUAUAGUUUGUGCGAGCUAGUGUAUUAUAUUUUUUUUUCUCCGAUAUGAUAAUUUUAUACUUAUAAUAAAUUAAAUUGGUUUUGUAAGUUGCGUGUCUAACCUAAUUUUAUACGAUAAAUAAAAAAUUACUGUUGUUAUAAUAAUUAUACUUACGUAAAUUAUUAAUAUUACAAGGAUAAAUAUGUCGAUUAUCAGACCUUUUACAUGUGAUGAUUUAUUUAAAUUUAAUAAUGUAAACCUUGAUCCAUUGACUGAGACUUAUGGGUUGUCAUUUUAUAUGCUUUAUUUGGCUCAUUGGCCAGAAUAUGUUCAAGUAGCUGAAUCUCCUAGUGGAGAAAUAAUGGGAUACAUUAUGGGAAAAGCUGAAGGAAGUGGAGAAUCGUGGCAUGGUCAUGUGACUGCUCUUACAGUAUCUCCAGACUACAGAAGAUUGGGUCUUGCUGCAAAAUUAAUGAAGUACUUAGAAGAAGUUUCUGAAAAAAAACAAGCUUAUUUCGUGGAUUUAUUUGUUCGUGUUAGUAAUAAAGUGGCAAUACAGAUGUAUCAGCAAUUAGGUUACAUUGUUUAUCGAACUGUAUUAGAAUAUUACAAUGGAGACCCAGAUGAAAAUGCAUACGAUAUGAGGAAAGCUUUAUCACGGGAUGUGUUAAAACAAUCAGUAAUACCUUUAACUCAUCCUGUACGACCAGAAGAAGUUGAAUGACAUUGGUUUGACGAAGCAAAUAUGGAUGUGGUUUAUGUUUAAACAUCAUUUAUCAUAUAUCAGGUUGAUUUUUUUUUAAAUAUACUCAUAAUUUAUCAAUUUUAUAAUGUCUAAUAAAAACUACUGUCUAGUAUAAUAGAUGUAUAGUUUAAUGACAAUGAUAGUAAUAAUUUUGACAAUGAAAUUUUUAUUAAUUUAUUUGUACAAAAGUACAAUUAUUGGUAAACUGAAUCAUAAAUUAUCUUGUCAUUCAAUUGUAAAUAAUACACAGCAAAUAAAAUAUUACAUUAACAAUAAACUAAGUUUACACACAAUUUCUUUUUUUUUUUUUAUGAAAAA